AUGCGGAUCCGCAGGGCCGCCUCCCUCCUGCUCGGCGUCGCCCCCUCCGCCUCCUCCUCCUCCCAGCCGCCCCGACGCAAUCUGCCCCCGCUCCCGCCAGCCGACGCCGGCGGCCCGCCGCCCUGCGUGACGAACAUGGCGGUAGCGGACCUGAUGGACCAACUCGGCGUCCAAGAUCCCGUGGAUGACAAGCACUUCAAGGAGACUUACUUCUGGGAUGGCCGUCCUAGCCUUCGCAGACACCACCCGUGGGGAUCUAGGUGCCAUUUCCCAGCCACCACCCGUGCCAACUCCAUUGAGGAAAAUGAGGAGAUGGCCGUUGACAUGCUCGAUAGCGUCAUCUUGGAACCAUGUAUCGUGGAGAAGAACUGUGAGAAAAGCAAGAGCACCACAAUGAAGGGCGAGGAAGAGAAGAACAAGACCAAGUUGAAGACAAAGGGGAAGGGGAAGGAGAAGGUGGAGGCAAAUGAGAGUGACGAUGCCGGUGGAGGAUGGCCGUGCAAGAAGAACGAGAGCGAAAGGUGGUUCUGCGGGAGGCCUGCGAGCCAGCCCAACUCGUACUGCUCGCACCACUCCGAUCAAAAGCCUCGUGCCAUCUCGAAGCCACCUCAGAGGAAGAGGAUCGUCGCCAACCGGGGCUUGGACUUAGGGUUCUGCUACUACGGCGGGUUUGGCCCAUCAAGCAGCACCAAGAGGCACCAUGGAUCAAGCAGCGUGCAAGAACCUGUUGAACAGAAAGAGCAUACAACUCUAGAUCACAUUGAUUUAAAUGCAAGUCUAGCUGGAGCUGAUGAUAUAGAACAUCAAGGCGCGUCGGCGUCAGAAUGCUUCGAUGAGCCUAGGCACGACGACUGCACCGACGUCAUUAUCGAUGGUUGGUAUGUGGAAAUCAGCGAUGAUGACGCACCUGACUACAACAGUGAAACCGUUAAGGUGAGCAAGACCCCGUCAAAGAAGAUGGGGAAGAAGCCCGUGAAAGCCCGGUCGCUCAAGUCACUAAUGUGAUACGAGCACGACCUUAGUCAGCUCUCUGUGGCCCGUGUAAAGAGAAAUUUGGUACGUGCCUGCCUCGGCUUAAGUACCAAGUGUAUUGUUUACUAGUUUUCUGCUCGAAUACCAUACAAUAGACUAGAAACUAUCUGGUUAUUUUGUUGUACUGUUUUUUAACUGUGGUAUUGUGGUGCUAGCUUUCGUACUCUUUAUUGAAAGAAUUCCAUGUAGUCCUAUAUA